CUGCAGAAGGAAUAUGGCGACGAUAAACAAGCAGAAAACAAGUACCAUUCUGGACAAACCUCUAGGAAAAGGAAAACCAGAGGUUAAUGUUGCCACUUUUGCCCUCUUGUUCUCAGAGAUGGUACAAUACUGCCAAAACAGAGUAUACAGUGUUUCUGAGCUUCAAACAAAAUUAUCAGAGUUAGGCCAACAUGUUGGUUCACACAUGCUUGACCUCCUGUUUGUCAGAGAGAAGGGAUAUAAAAGGGAAACAAAACUACUUAACAUGCUCUUAUUUAUAAAGAACAAUUUCUGGAAGACUUUGUUUGGAAAGGAAGCAGACAGAUUAGAACAUUCCAAUGAUGAUGAGAAAACUUAUUAUAUUAUAGAAACUGAACACCUAGUCAACAAAUAUAUAUCUGUCCCAAAAGACAAAGGGAAGCUGAAUUGUGCUGCCUUUACUGCUGGUAUAAUAGAAGCUGUACUCAAUGGAGCAAACUUUCCAGCCAAAGUUACAGCUCACUGGCAUAAAGGGACAACAUUUAUGAUAGAAUUUGAUGAAACUGUUAUAGCAAGAGAUAAAAUGGUGUAGAUAUUGACUUCUUAUCCCUCAUAGCUUGAGAUGAAAUGUGUAGGAUUUGUGAUUUAUUGGGCAGACAACCUGACGCGUUUGGGCUUCAUUUUGGAGAAAAUUCUGCUGUGAACAAUCACCUGUCCAUGGCAUUGGAUUUAGAUGAAUAUAAGACUGAAUAUGUGUUUUUAAACUUUAUUGUUCAAAAGUAACAAAGCUGGUAUUUAAUACAAUAAAUACAAGUUUAUCUAA